UUGCUGCCGCUCCGCUUUGAAGAGCCGUAGGCAUCCCGGUGCCGAGCCGAGCCGUGUCGCAAAGCCCCUUCCAUUCCAACCUUUCGGCCUUGGAGGCGCGUUGUUCCGGCAGAGAGGAGCGGCAGUGAGCACUUGUGCAGUUAUCUAACUUUUUCAAGCUCGCAUCACCUGAGCUGAGCCACCAUGAGCGGCUCCGUGUGUUACAAGUGCAACGAGCCGGGACACUACGCCCGUGAGUGCCAGGUCGGCGGCGGCGGUGGCGGCUACGGCAGCCGCGGAGGCGGUGGUGGCAGCGGCGGCGGCCGGGACAAGUGCUACAAGUGCAACAGAUUCGGCCACUUCGCCCGUGAAUGCAAGGAAGACCAGGUCGGUGACCGCUGCUACCGCUGCAAUGGUGUAGGUCACAUUGCUCGUGACUGCAACCAGAGCCCGAACGAGCCUUCCUGCUACAACUGCAGCAAGACCGGGCACAUCUCUCGUGACUGCCCUGAGCAGCGUGAUGGUGGAUACGGAGGCGGCGGCCGCUCCAGCAUGUCUUGCUACAACUGCAACAAGAGCGGGCACAUGGCAAGAGAUUGCCCGGAGGGGUCUGUCAAGUCGUGCUAUUCAUGCGGGAAGACUGGUCACAUCAGCCGAGAGUGUGACAAGGAAUCUCGUUAAACGAUAUUCCUCAUCAUUCCAUCUGCAUCUUAAAUGAACAUUUCAUUUGGCUUUAAUUUUUUUCCAUUCACUGUUAUAACAUAAUGGAUCCAGCAUGCCAUGGUGCGAGUUUUAUGUUUAUUUUGUUUUUGUGCAAUUACUGGGCCCAAUCAGAUGGGUUUGGAACCUUGCCACUUAAUGUUGAGAAUGUCGUCGAAUUUGGGAGUUUUAAAGACUUUCAUGACAUCUGGGAUGAAUAGAAGACUUAAAGACUGUACAAUCCUUAAACUAAGCUCAGCGGUGUGGAAUGAGUGAUUGUGUUUCUCUGGUCUUGUUGGAAUGGUUAAUAUGUAUGGUUGUCCUGUGACGACCCACAAAUUAUGAAAUUGAGGGGCAGGAGGAAAUAAAGUUAAAUGUGGACUACUUCUUA